UGGGGGAUGUGGGUAACAUCAUGUGGGAUGUGGGCAACAUCAUGUGGGAUGUGGGUAACAUCAUGUGGGAUGUGGGUAACAUCAUGCUGGAUGUGGGUAACAUCAUGCUGGAUGUGGGUAACAUCAUGUGGGAUGUGGGCAACAUCAUGUGGGAUGUGGGUAACAUCAUGUGGGAUGUGGGUAACAUCAUGUGGGAUGUGGGUAACAUCAUGCUGGAUGUGGGUAACAUCAUGCUGGAUGUGGGUAAUAUCAUGCUGGAUGUGGGUAACAUCAUGCUGGAUGUGGGUAACAUCAUGUGGGAUGUGGGUAACAUCAUGUGGGAUGUGA